UUGGAAUCUAUAAACAAGCAGUUGAUCUCACCACCAAACAGAGUGUUGUCACAAGAUACGUGUACUCAUUCUUUUGGGGCUUCCAGAAUAAUAUCAAUGCAAUUUCAUCCAAUCAUGAGCCAACCCAGGAGCUUUGUACAUUGCAUUCACUAAGUUACUUGUGUCACUUAAUGUGGAAAUUAUAUUUUUCGACCCAUAAUUUUUAAAUGGUGUAUUCACAAAGCAAAUUAGUACACUGGCUGGCAAUCAAGUCCCGAGUUAUUUUCUGUUGGAAGUUGUUUUCACAAUUGCUAUCAUCGGAACGGGACUCCUACUUUUUGCACUCCUGAUUGGAAAUAUGCAGAGCUUUCAGCAGUCUCUAAAUCGCAGGAGGUUAGAAAUGUCUCUCAGGCGUCGUGAUGUUGGACAAUGGAUGAGCCAUCGGCGCUUUCCAGAAGAACUGAGAAGGUCCAGAUAUUUGCACUUCUCGAUGAACCCAUCUUAGAUGCCAUCUGUGAGAGAUUGAGACUGAAAACAUACAUAGCAGGAAGCAAAGUUUUAUGCCGUGGUGGUCUGAUUGACAAGAUGGUUUUCAUAAUUCGGGGUAAGAUGGAAAGCAUUGGAGAAGAUGGAAAUGUGGCCUCCUUGUCUGAAGGGGAUGCCUGUGGGGAAGAACUCCUCACAUGGUGCCUUGAGCAUUCUUCUAUAAACAGAGAUGGAAAAAAGAUCAGAAUUCCAGGACACAGAUUGCUGAGCAACAGACUAGUUAGGUGCCUAACAAAUGUUGAAGCCUUUAUAUUACGAGCUGCAGAUCUUAAAGAAGUCACCAAUCUUUUCGCAAGAUUCUCGAGGAGUCCACGUGUUCAAGGUGCCAUAAGGUAUGGAUCUCCAUAUGGCCGGCGGCGGUACAACUUGCCUGGAGAUGCAAGAAGAAACGUCAAAGCCGAGCAGACUCUUCCAGCCCCCGACACUAAUAUAUCAAUCUUAAACUACUUCAGUAUAAUUCAUUAGUUCUUCUGAAUACAUUUUUAAAAUAUUUACAAAUUGUUUGUCUGUAUAUCUAUUUCUGCGUUUUGUACGUAAUAUAUAGUAGUUGUAAUCAGAAUCGAACUGAAACUUUGUAUUUAAAUAACCAAUAUAUUAA